AUGGGCGUUUUAGUUGCUAACCUCGAGCAAACCGUACCCAACAAGGGUGAAGUUCAAGAAUCGAUUCCUCCGCAAGUAGUUGUAGUCAAUCCUCUGUCUGUUGCCCGACAAAGCUCUGCGGAUAUAUUAGAGCGAGUAGGCGACCUUGUCCAGGCCGACUCUUCUAGAUCUAACAUGGAAAAGGCAAAACAUACAAGAAGGAUACUGGAGUACUUACAUGACGGUCUUCAAUAUGCAGAAGUAAUUGCACAGGCCAAUGAUAUAGCGCAGGGAGUGGUGUCGAUACUGCAGGUGAUUCUUGAGCAGGAGCUUAAUCGAAGGCAGAACAACGAGCAAAUCACAAUUGUCUAUUAUACCUUGUCUUCUACUGUGCUUACCAUUCGCCAUAUCGAGGAACAUCAUAUUAAUGAGCAGAUUCGAAAUGAGCUCAAGAAUAAAUACGAAAAAGUCUAUGACUUGGUCAAUGAAUUUGGUGGUGUCGCAAAUGCUUACUAUACAACAUAUAAGCGGAUGUUUGUGAGGUUCCUUAAGGCUGGAGAAUUGAAACCGAAACUGGAGGCAUUUAUACAGAACUGCAGAACUUAUCAGGAGGAUAUCUUGUACCUUCUCCAGAUACAUAUUGCCUCAACCGUUGAAAGCACUGGGGAGGCCGUAGCGGACUUGAGCAAGAACAUGGAUACUGCUUUGAAAAUACUUAAUCAGCUUGGUGCAGCAGAUACCCGAAAAGAACUCGAAGCACAGAGAUUUCUCAUUGAUCGCAACAUGGAUUCACAAUCAAUCAUUCAGGACGAGAAAACCCUUGUAGAGUUUGCAGCAAUUUUUAGUGAACAGGUCACCAAAGAAACCAAGGACAUUCUACACAAGGACAUCGAAGACAUACUCCAGGAAUCAAUGAAUAAUUUCAGCUCAAAAAUAGAACAAGUGAAGAAAGACAUCAACAUCAAUGUACAAAGCUCUCAAGCGGAAAUUUUAGCUAAGUUAAAUGCCGGGCCUCAUAAUCUCAUUGAGGAUACUGAGUUCAGAAAACUUUGGUUUGGUAAGCUCUCAGUUCACUGCAUCAUUAUAUUGAAGGCCGAAAUUUUGGCUUGGACAGACCAUGGUUGGAAAGCAAGCAUCAAGAGCCGGAUCUUUGUUGAUGAAAUCUGCUCCUCACUUAGAAAUGAGUUUGAAAAGUACUCAAUCCUAAACGGUCACACGCGAGAUGAUAAUUGGACACUUCCGAUCUUAUCCCAAGUGAUGGUUCAUCCCGCUAUCAGCGAUGCAAUUGAUGAAGAUGGAAGCGGAUAUAUCUCUGUCCAUGAAGUAAAUGUUUUCUUGAAGCAAAAACCCGCAGGAUGGACCUUGUCAACAUGGCUUUUGUUUUGGGCUAUUGGAUGGCAGGGUACAAUACUCAACUCCUCUGAAAGGAUCGACAAAAUCAUAGGCCGGCUGUUCACAGUGUGCCAAGAGGCGAAGUUCAAAUCCGACAAUAUCAAGCUCAAAGCAAAGAUAGACAAAUAUGUCCUCUCCCUGGAACUCAUUUCCAAGCUUACCAGCUGGUAUUCUGUUACUGGUUUCCAGGGCAAUUUUAUCCUGGAUGUGAUGCAGGUUCAAGUUUAUGAUAAACUCAUGCCACUUGCUCUAGAGUACGAAAAGUUGCAUAAAACACUAGCCAAGCAACUCCUAAACCAAGGUGGCAUCCUUUUGGAGAUAUCGGACACUAUGCCUCUCAAAAAGCAAUUCGGGAACCGCAUUGAAUCAUGGCUUUUGCCUUUCCUGGAAAAUAUCCUUGCCCAGCAAUUGGAUGCCGUAGCCAAGAAACAUUUGCUUGAUAACGGAGAUAAGCAGGACAACAAUAAUCAAGAGGAUCACACUGUUGGCCAAAUCCAAUUAUGGGAUGAACCAACUGUUGUCCAAGUUGAAGACAAAACGUCGGACAAAUCUGUUACUUUUGAACAAUGGGUGGACAUGGAUUGGACUCUGGAAAUUCUUUUAUAUGAGUUCCACCUACGCAUGCAAUCCUUACUUCAAGGAUGGAAGAGGCAAAAGGUAGAUCAUCAAAUAAUGGUCAACAGCUUUUCUAGUGGAGUGUUUUCUGGCUGGCAUACAGCGUGUUUGAACAAGAGUGAUCAAGAAUUCCAGCAUGCCAUCAAAUUGUUGGAAAAUAUUUACAAUAAUGACUCGGAAACUGAAACUAAGGAUGAUGAUGAAGCACAAGAUAAAAAUGCAGCACUACAAAGCACAGUGGAUGUUCUGAGUGUUUCAGUUGCCAAUCUUAAUAAUUCUAUGGAUGAACUGAAGGGAAUGAUUGCUGGCCAAAAAGAGCUUUUGCUGAACGCCAAUCACAGGAGUACUUCUCCUUUUGUGCCACAAUCAAAUGUUCAAAUAUCUGCUCCUGAACCACCUGCUGGCUUUUCUCCUUGGUCUCGGCCUACUUCUUUUCCCGCUGUGCAACAGCCUGCUGGCUAUAAUCCUCCACAACAGCAGUCAACUGGUUACUUCCCCACUGGGCAACAGCCUGUCGGCUACAAUCCUCCACAGCAGCAGUCAGCUGGUUACUUCCCUUCGCAGCAGCAGCCUGCUGCUUAUCCUCCCCAACAGCAACCCACUGCUUAUCCUCCACAGCAGCAGUAUACUGGUUUCCCGUUACAACAACAACCUCCUUAUUUUCCUCCUCAGCAGUCCGCAGCCUAUUUUCCCCAGCAGCAACCUUAUGGAUAUCCUCCUCAGCCUACCUACCCUACAUUUCCUUCUCAGCAACAGCCUGCACCCUACUUUCCUCCGCAGCAGCCUUAUGGAUAUCCUCCUCAGCAACAGCCCGCACCUUACUUUCCUCCGCAGCAGCCUACUGUUUAUACUUCUCAACCACAGCCUCCUGCCUAUUUUCCUCAGCAACCUCAGCAAUAUACAAGUUACUCCAUGCAGCAGCCUAAUAGCUAUUCUUAUCAGCAGCCCAGUGGAUAUUCUCAUCCGUAUUCUACUGCUUAUCCUUCUCAACAGCAGCAGGCCGCUGCCUAUCCUCCGCCUCUGCCGCAAUUCACUGUCUAUCCCCCGGCUCCUCAGCCACAGUUUACUACCUAUCCUCCACCUCAGCCACAAUCCACUGCAUAUCCUCAAACUCAGCCCCCACCUCCGCAAUCUACUGUUUAUCCUCCUCAGCCACAAUUCACUCCCUAUCUUCCACCCCAGCAACAAUCCACUGCUUAUCCUCCUCCAAGUCAGCCGCAAUCAGCCGCUUAUCCUCCCCAGCAACAAUCCACCGUCUAUCCACCUCUUCAGCCACAAUCUUCUACUUAUCCUCCUCCGAGUCAGCCGCAACCUGCUGCUUAUCCUCCUCAGCCGCAUUCUGCUCCUUAUCCUCCACAAUUUAUGGGUAGCCCUUUUCAAACACCAGUGAUACCACAGUUAUGA